GCUGUGUGAGACAGAGAAGGGCUUCUUCUGAAGUUCUGAAACUGAUAUUAUUAAGAAUUGAGGUUAUAAUUUUACCGAUAACCAAAAUCAAUCAUCAUUGUUUCUACUUAAAGAUGGUUCAAAAAUCAAAAAUCCCCAAUUAAUAGGGUACCGUAGGUUACAUUGAAAUUUAAGUAACAUUUUCAUGUUUGUUGAUAUCGUGUAAUUAAUUUUCAAGCAUGAAUAAGCCCAUGGAACUGGAUGUUUGGAAAGGCGAUUGGGGGCUACCAUCAGUUGAUUUGGAUUGCUUAGAAACUCUUGCCUACAUCAAAUUUUGCGGCGUCUCAGUAAAAGUAAAUCAAAAAUCAAACCCAUUUUGGACUCCCACAGGAACUCUACCUCUUUUUAAGCAUAACAAGCAAAAGUUGAUGAGCAUUGAUGAAAUAGCUGCUCACUUGCAAAAGAAGAAUUUCAGUCCAGAUUUCGCACUUAAUAGCAAGCAAACAGCAGACGUCGUUGCUUUCAAAUCGAUGAUAAAGGAACAACUUUUUCCGGCUCUACAAUAUUUAUGGUGGUUUGACGAGAAAAGCUAUACAACGGUGACGCGGCCUUGGUAUUGCAAGGUGUUACCCUUUCCACUCAACUUUCACUAUCCCAACAAAUUCAGGAGCAAGGCCACCGACCUGAUGGAUGCUAUGUUCAGUGACGUCACUAACAAUGAUGUCAUCCAAAUAGAGUUGUUCGCGGCGGCCGAGCGUUGCCUGGCCACACUGUCCGCUCGAUUGGGCGAACAGGAGUUUGUGUUCGGAGCGCACCCAUGUUCGCUAGACGCGCACAUCUACGCGCACCUCGCGCCGCUCAUGCGCGUCCCCUUUCCCGCCAACCAACUGCAGAACUAUGCGCGCUCCUGCCUCAACCUGCACAAAUACGUCACCAGGAUAUCGCAGCGCUACUUUCCGCACGAAUAUCAGGAUUACGAACAAAAGCAAAAGAAGCUGAGAGAAGAAAGCGAAAAAAAAUCGGGUGAUUCACUAUUUAAAGCCAAGGAUAAAGUUUUCGCCACUGUAUUUGCUGCUCUAGCCAUGAUUAUGUAUGCUGUUGCCAAAGGAUUCAUUCAGGUAUCUGACAUCGAAGACGGACUGCGAAAAUCCAAGUCAUACGAUUUUAGAGAAAGUGAAGAUGAUAUGGAUUAGCCAUGCCCCCCAUUCAGAAUAGAAAAGUGAUACAAGUAUGAGUAUUGAAUUAGUGGACGCAAAAAUUCUGUCAAUGAUCUCUUUUUCUAAUAAUUUGGCUUGGCGCUGUGUCCUGCAAUAUGAUUGCAACAGGAUGAUAAUUAGUGUUCCGUUUCUUGUAUGUUAUUGAAAAACUCAGGUGUGCUGGCAAGCACAAUAUUCGUGAAAUCAAUGCUGAAUGUUGAAUAAAAUUUGAAAGCCAAGA